AUGUCCGUGUGUUUCCAGCCUAAAUUACUCUGGCGGAUGCAAUCUACUGUACAUGGUAAUAACACAGAUAUUAAAAAAAAAAACAACUAGUUAGCAGACUGCUAUGUCGCCAACAAAAUGGCCGCCAAUCGUUAUCUAAGAGGUGAAUGUUUACAAACUAAACUGAUAUGGCAAGUGAUAAGAUACUAUUUUGGAACUUUAUUUAUACAAUUACCGUAUAGUGUACAUUACAUAGACCUAUUAACAAACCUUUUAAUAGGUUUAUGGUACAUUUCAAUGUAUAUAAUAUUUAACCCUUCAUAGAGCAUGUGAUAUAAUAAUAUCGGUCCUUAUCAAUACUAUAAAACAUAAAUAUUCACCCCUUAGAUAAGGAUGACGGCUUUUUGUUAGCGACAAUAAUAACACCAUAGUCGGUUAUCUACAUAAUUGUUUUAUAUAUCUGAGGGUAAUAAUCAAUUUUUUAUCAAUGGGCUACUUAAGACGGAGCUAUCAUUAUUGAUAUCAAGCCAAUAUUAUUCAUUAAAUGUUUGGAAUUUUGGAUUAAUGACAUUUGUCAUAAUUAAGUCGUAAAUUUUUCUAAUGUUAAAAAAAUGUUAUACCUUCAAAUAUUAUACUUUUACGAUAUUCUUAUUUAAGAUUGUAGCAUAUAAUUAAAAUUUGAUGUGCGGAAUUAUUUGAAACGUCAUGAAGAAAGAUAAAACGGGAGACAACGCAAGACCUUAUAAAUUAUAAGUAUAUUUUAUGAAUUGAAUUUUGUGAAAAGUUUAUUAUUAGUUAUUAAGUCUAACGGUUAAUGCUACAAUUAUUGGUAAAACUCAAGUAUAAUAUUUUAAAACUUGUUUUGGAUUUACUUUUUACUCUUAUUUGUUGCAUGAUUUAUAUAAAAUUCAAUUUUAUUCUAUUCUAUUCUUUAGAAAUAUCAAUAUUAACAAACAUUUUUUGAAGUAAUACUUGGCUAUUCCUAGCAGUCUUGGUAAAAAUAAUUUUCAAAUGCAAUCAAAAUCCAUAUUUGAAUACUUUCUUUUAAAAUUAUUUAUUUAUAAAUACUUGUUAAGUAUAUUCAAAAUAUGUUUUUUCAAAACAUUUGAUACGCAUAAAAAGAUUUUUACAAUUAUUUAAUUAAAAUUUCAUUAUUUAUGGAUAUUUAAUUUAAAUAGAUUUAGGAAUUUUAAAUGUUGCAUAUUAGCAUUCUAUUUAACUGUAUUAGUAAAUGAGCUUUUUAGGUUGAUUUUAACUAGGUAAAUGACAUUAUGUAUAUUAAUAAAUCAUUGAUUUAUAAUAAUAUAUUUUAUAGACAUUCUAUACAGUGGCAGAUCCAGAGGGAGGAUACAGGGGCAUGUUCCCUCCCUUUUAAUAGACUACAAUUUUACUUUAUAUAUUUGUUAUUAAUUUAAUAUAUAUUAUAAUUUAUAAUUAAUUUACUAAAAAUAUAAAGAAUGUGCCCCCCCCUUUAAAAAAAAAUGUCUAGACCUAACAAAUUCAUAAAACCAUAAAAAAAUAUUAUUUUACGAUCAAUUAUAAUUUGAAAUCGUAAAACGUUUUGAUACAACCAUAACAAGAUUGAUUCCUAGUAAUGAUUUGACUUAAUAUAAUUAUGUAAAUUUAUAAUAUAAAUGUUUUUAAAAUUUUACAGCCCAUCAAUUGGUUAGUUUAACAGGAAUUAGUUUUCAGAGGAAAAAUAUACUGGUAAAUACAUAUUUUAUUUUUGAUUUGUUUACUUGUUAAGUAGUUUCUAAAAGUAAUGUUAAUAUUAUUUAUAACAAAAUUAAAACAUUUUUUUUAGGGAAUGGUAGAACUGACAAUAAUACCAUUAAAAAAUAAUCUUAAAAUUAUAAAACUAAAUGCAAAACAAUGUCGUAUUUAUCGUGUAACUGUUAAUGAAAAUAUUGAAGUUCCUUUUCAGUAUUUUGAUCCAUUUGUUGAUAUUACUCAAAAUAAAGAUGAAGAGUAAGUAUUUGUACAACUUAUUAGUAAUUUUAUAUUAAAUAGUAUUUUAUUUUAGACCAACAUUAUCUGCUUUUUCUACAUGCCAUUUAAAUGCUGCUCAAAUAACUGAUCCUGAUAAUAAUAAUGGUGAAUUAGUUAUUAGUCUACCUUUGGAAGUUUCAACAUCUGUACAUGAUGGAACAAAUAUUAAAAUAAGUGUAGAAUAUUCUUUAGAACAACCUAGUGGUGGAGUCCAUUUUGUUAUUCCUGAAGGAGAUGGAUCAUUAGUAGAAGUAUAAUUAUUUUAAAUGUACAUUUUCAAUUUCAAAUAAUAUUUGUAUUUAUUUUUAGAAACGAGCUCACAUGUUUACUAUGUGUUUUGAGAAUUCUUCUCGAUUAUGGUUCCCAUGUGUUGACAGUUAUGCAGAACCAUGUACUUGGGAUUUAGAAUUUACUGUAGAUGAAAAUAUGAUAGCAGUAUCAUGUGGAGAUUUAAUUGAAGUUGUAGCUGCUCCUGAUUUAAGACGUAAAACAUAUUAUUAUAAUUUGUCAAUGCCUACAUGUGCACCAAAUAUAGCCUUAGCAGUUGGGUAACUAUUCAAGUACAAAUUUAAAUUUUAGAAUAAUUAACAUAUAAUUUUUUUUUUCUGAUUUUAGACCCUUUGAAAUUUAUGUAGACCCAACUAUGCAUAUUAUAACUCAUUUUUGUUUACCGGGCCUUUUGGAACUUCUACCUACAGCUGCAAAAUAUACUCAUGAAGCAUUGGAAUUUUAUGAAGAUACAUUAUCUAAUGGCUAUCCCUAUAGUUGUUAUAAACAAGUAUUUGUAGAUGAAACCCCUACAGAUUAUGCAUCUUAUGCAUCAAUGGGUAUCAUGAGGUAAAUUAUUAAAGUUGUGAAAACAAAAAUGAUAUGCCAUAUAUUUAUAAUAAAAAAUAUCUAUGUUUUACAGUGUUAAUCUUUUACACCCAAAACAAAUUAUUGAUCAAGUUUAUGUCUCAAAGAAAAUUUUGGCUCAAGUUAUGGCAGAACAAUUUUUUGGUUGUUUUAUUUCAACUCAAAAUUGGUCAGAUUGGUGGCUUACAUGUGGUAUAGCAUUAUACAUGUCUGGUCUCUUUGCAAAAAAAUGUUUUGGCAAUAAUUCUUAUCGUGAAUGGAUUCACAAUGUAUAUUUUAGCAAUAUAUUUACUAUAAUAUAAUACAUUUUACAAUAAUUUAUUUUUUUGUAAAGGAAUUAACAAGUUUGGUACGUUAUGAAGAAGAAAUUGGACCCAUAGUAUUAGAUCCAACCCAACAACCAGCUCCAAUAAGCAGUAGUCUUGUUAGUCCUGGGGGAUCUUCUAAUCCUGGUUUUGGAUUAUCAUUUAAUAAUAUACAAACUACAUAUGAAACCUCAAAUUUUUAUUUUUCUACUAGUAGCUUACACACAAUUUCACCUCGUUAUUUUCAUUACAUGACUAAAAAAGCUCAUCUUGUAUUAAGAAUGUUGGAAAACCGAAUUGGAUAUUCAUUAUUAUUACAGGUAUACUUUAUUGUGAAAAAAUAUACUAUUAAACUUUAAUUUUUGCAUUUAUGGACACAUAAGAUAUUGCUACAAAUUUUUUACACAUAAUUAUAAUGUUUUUCUAAGUAAUAUAAUUUUUGAAAAACAUACUAGUUAUCCGUAACUGUCACACAAAUGAACUAAAUAAAAUAUACAUCAGUAGACCGAAUAUCGAUAAAUAUCAAUUAUAUAUGAAACAAGUUGAAAGCGUUAAGAAAUAAACUAUAUUUAUUGAAGUUGUUGUAUACAAAUUAGGGAGUACAGUCCAUUUAUGUAUAUAUUUUUAAUAAAAAUACUAAUUGAUACAGAAAUAUCUAUAUUUGGUGUUCAUAUGAUUUCAUCAAAGAUGCAACACGCAAAAUAUUAAUAAUUUUCCAAAUAUUUUGAUAAAUUUCAGUAAACGUAAGAAAAAAUUAAUAGUUCUAAGAAAAAAAAUUUCUUGAAAUACAGCUUUAUAUACUUUAAUUAUUUACCCUCUUAAAAAGUACCCUUACCUUGAUCAUUUCCAUACAUUUUUUUUUUUGUUUACUCUACACCUUAAAUAAACAAAAGAACUAUUAUAUUUUAAAUAGACGACUUUUCCUUGUUUAAUGAAGACAAAAUAAUUUUCCUUGGAAAUUCAAAAAGGACUCAAUAUUUAUUUUUUUUUUUUCAAAAAGUUAGGGGCAUUAAAAAAAAAACUCACCAUCGCCAAAAUAAAAACUAUCCUAAUAUAUAAUAUGUAUAAUAUUACUAAAUUUUGUUUACAGGUUUUGAAUAAACAUCUGUCUUUGGCAAGUAAUGCAUCUCAAAAUCCUAUGAAUUCAGGCUUAUGGAGUCACAUGUUAAUUAGUACAAAUAUAUUUAAUAAGACUAUUUUCACUGUAUCGGGCAUAGAUAUGUCUGUAUUUAUUGAUCAAUGGGUUAGAACUGGUGGUCAUGCUAAAUUUACAUGCACUUUUGUGUUUAAUAGAAAAAGGUUUAAUAUAUAUUUAUUAAAAUAUUAAUAUUUAUAAUACUUAUUAGAUUUGUUAAUUAGGAAUACAUUGGAAUUGGAAAUUAAACAAGAUGCAAUUUCCCAACGGGGUGUACGGAAAUAUGUUGGUCCAUUAUUGAUAAGUAUUCAAGAAUUAGAUGGUCCAUUUAAACAUACUUUGCAAGUUGAAGGUAAUGUAGCUAGAGCAGAUAUUACUUGUCAUUCAAAAAGUAGACGUAAUAAGAAAAAAAAAAUUCCCCUGUGCACUGGGGAUGAAGUAGAUAUUGAUUUAAAUGCUAUGGAGUAAGUUAAAACAAUAUUGUAGCCUACCACUUUCAAUACAUGUUUAAAUUUUUGAGUUGUAACAAAUGUAUGUGUUUACCAUAAACAACAUAAUAAUAGUUUAUGACUAGGGCAGAAGACUUCUAGCUCUAACAAAGCACUAAAUAUUAUGUAAAUGUUUAAAAACCCUAUGAUUUGCACUAAAAAUAUGAUCUAAUUUUUUUAUUUUUAGCGCUUUAAUCAAAAAUAUAUAAAUAUUUAUUAAACAAUUUUGUUAAUGAAAUGUUAGUUUUAAAUAAUACUUUUUUAUUGUUCAAUUAGUUGAAAGGUAUAUUAUAAUUUAUAUUGAUUGUAGACUAAUAUUAUUUACUUGAAUAGUUAUAUGAAUAAUUAGUAAUUUGCUAUUAUCUUACCGAGAUAUUUAUAAUAUAGACAAUAUAUUUACUGUUUGUAAAUAAAAUUAUAACUGGAAAAUAAAUUUAAUUGUCAAGUCUUUCUAGGAUAAAUGUGUGUCUGCGAUCAGUCAACAAUCGUAUUAUAUAGUAAAAAUUAAUUUAAAUUCAAUAACUUUGGUUGUAUUAUUAAAUUAAAUAAAAACAUUGAUUAAGAAAAUAUUGAAAUAUUUCUCAUAAAGUAUACAAAUGAAAGAAAUAUGCCCCAAUAACAGAAAUGACUUGAAAUAUGCAUUUAUAUGAAAAAUAAAAUUAAAAAUCUAACUUAAUCUAAACAUAAAACAUAUUUAUUUUUUAUUCUGCUAUUUUUUUGAUUAUGUAAAAUAAAUAUGCAAAUGCUACAAGUCCUCUGCCCAAUUUAUGACUUUAAAAACCAUUAUAUUAAGGCUGGUUUCUACAUCACAAUUUAUUAUACAUUUCAUUGGUCAUAUUUAACAAGUAACAAGAUAUUUUACAUAUCAUUUACUCAAUUUUAACUUUUUCUUUCUUGUCGAUUGGCUACACGUCUUUUAUAUUUUUUACUUAGUUUCAAUUGUUUCUUUAUUGCCUUUUUCAAGUUACUGAUUUUUAAAUGUUUUAUAAGUACGUAUCCAAGAAUUUUUUUGGGAGGUGGGUUGAUCAAUUAUAUAUUGAUUAUGAAAAUUAGAAAAUAAAAAAAUAAUAUUUUAAACUAUAGUUUAUUAUUUCUUGGAGCUUUUUAUGAGGGGAGCUGCAGCCCUUUCACCAUUACCCUAGAUUAACUACUGAAUGUUGUUAUUCAAUUUCUCUGAAAAUAAAUCCACAACCUUCAAUCUUGGAUUUCAUUUUGGUCUAAUAAGAUUUAUGUUUUGCUAUUUACACGCUCAAUUUUACUUGAUAAAAAUUGGUCUUGUUCAAUAAAAUGUACAUUAAAUUGGAAUGUUUAAACUGGCUUUUGUUUUUAAUUAAAAUAUUUAAUAAAAAAUUAUUUGUACUUUAUAAAUUGUUAUAAUUUGUUGUUUAUUUAUCUAUACAAUAAUUGGAGUAUUUUUUAAAUUUAUUGUAUACAUAUUAAAUAAUAAUAUGUACCUAUUAUUUAAGUAUGUAACUAUAAAAAAAAUAAAAUAAAUUAUAUUCCUUUCAACAAAUUGAUCAUAUUUAAUAAUAAAUAAAUAUGAAUUCUUUAAUUAUUUUAUAUUUCAGUAAUGACUCACCAGUAUUAUGGAUUCGAUUAGAUCCUGAAAUGACUAUUUUACGUAGUUGUAUUAUAGAACAACCAGAAUAUCAGUGGAACUACCAGUUACGACAUGAAAAAGAUGUAACUGCUCAGAUGGAAGCAGUGGUAGCUCUAGACAAAUUUCCUACAAUUGCUACGCGUAAUGCAUUAUGUGAUAUUAUUGAAAAUGAACAAGUGUAUAUACACGUCCGAUGUAGAGCAGCUCAUUGUUUAACCAAGGUACAUAAUAAAAAUUGUAUAAUAAUUAAUAAUUAUCAAUUACUAAAAUAAUAUUUCUGUUUAUGCGUAGAUUGCAAAUGCAAUGGUGACUAAUUGGACAGGACCUCCAGCAAUGUUAGCAACAUUUAAAAAAAUGUUUGGUUCAUUUUCAUGUCCUCAUAUUAUAAAACAAAAUAAUUUCUCAAAUCUUCAACAUUACUAUCUUCAAAAAGUAAUUUAAAAUAAAUAAUAUUUUAAAUAACUAAAACUAAUUUCAAGUUAUUUAUUUUAGACAAUUCCUAUUGCGAUGGCUGGUUUGAGAAAUUCUCAUGGAAUUUGUCCUCCUGAAAUUUUGAAAUUUAUAUUAGAUUUAUUCAAAUACAAUGAUAAUAGCAAAAAUAGAUAUUCCGAUAAUUAUUAUAGAGCUUCUCUAAUUGAAGCUCUUGGUGCAACAAUUACUCCAGUCAUAUCUUUAAUGCAAAAAGCGUAAGUCAAAUUAUUGAAUUAUAUUAUUAAAUUCACAUUACAACGUUAAAAUUAUUCAAUCAUUUUUAAUAAUAAUAUUUAUAAAAUUAUGAUACUUCUAUUUUAGAUGUGAUAUCACUGCAGAUUCGCUCUCUGGAGAUUCAAAAUUGAUACUCGAAGAAAUUACACAACAUUUAAACUUAGAGAAACGUUUGCAGACUUAUAAAUAUCCAAUAACAAUAACUUGUUUAAAAGCUAUCAGAAAAUUACAAAAAUUUGGUCAUUUACCCAACAAUCCUAAUAUAUUUCGUUCAUAUUCAUCAUAUGGCAAUUUUAUUGGUUUGAAUUUAUAAGAUAAUAUAUUAUUAUAUUUAUUUAUUUAUUUAUUUUUUGUUUUUUUAGGAGUAAGGCUUUGUGCAUUAGAAGCUUUAGUUGAUUUUACUUGUUUAGAUGGACGUUGGGAUGAUUUAAAAUAUCUUAUAGAUAUAGCUGAUAGUGAUCCAGAUCCAAAAGUUAGGAACGAGCUUGUUUGUAUGUUAUGUAAAAACCCGCCAUUUACUCCUAAAAAGCCGAAUAAUCGGCUGAAUAAUGAAUAUUUAGCUCAUCAUCUAUGGAAGCUUAUCAAGUAAGAAUACAAAUUAUUUGUUUUUUUUUUUUUUUUAAUUAGAUAUUAUGAAAAAACUUAUAACCUUGUUCCUCAGCUUGAUAACACAAAAAAAAAAAAGUAUUUAUAUAUUUAACAAACCCAUUAUGUACUCAUGGUACAUUUAAAUAUAUUAGGUAAUUUACAUUUUAAAAUAAUAGUUAAAUAUGCUUUAAGGAAAUGUCACUCAAAAUUUAAGAGGUUAGGAUAUGCAAUUUUACCAAAAUUAACUGUACUUUGUUAAAGAAAUACAAUUCUAGUGUUUAAUAUUAUUCUAUAGUUAUAAUUUAUAAUUAAUUAUGUUUGAAUUUUGAUAUUAUUUACUGUUUUUAGUUCUUUGUUAUCUUAUGAUACAACCUUGCGAUGCAAUUUUGUUGAUUUAUACUACACUUUAUUUGGAAGGCAAAAAAUUGUACGUACUGAAGUGGCUGCUUUGUAUAAACCAAUAAAAGUAGAAGUAGAGGUAAUUUUUUUUUUUAUUCAUAUAUGAAUACAUUAUUAAAUAAACCAAUUUACAUUUAUAUGUAUUUAUUAGGUAAAAUCUUGUACUCUUCCAAAUAUUAUUGUUGAACCCGAUAAUAAUUCUAAUGGAGAAUGUGGUAUUAAGAGAACUAUCGAUUAUGAAUCACAAUUAGAAGUUCCAGAAAUUGUAGGUGAUAUAAAAGUUGAAAAUGAAAUGUUAGACAAUCAAUUUGAAAAUGAUAUGCAUUUUGAAAAAAAAAUUAAAGUAAAGUUAAUUUUAUCAAACUUUGUAAUUACUGUGGUUAUUAAUUGCUCAAUAUUGAAUUAUUACUUUAUGAUUUUAGAUUGAAGAUAUCAAAGAAAUCGAAGAGAUAAAAAUUGAAGAAAAAGAAGUGACCUUAAUACCAAGUAUUAGAUCAUUUGAAUUGAAUGAGAAUAAAUCUAAGACUGGUUAUUUCUCUGAAAAUUCAGCUUCACUCCCUGGAAUUAUGGUGUCUAAUUCAUCUGGACCAGUUGGUUUUGAACCUGGAAUGUUUAAUGUAAAACCCGAAGAUCCACCAACUAAAUCUGUAGUGAUACAAAGUGAAAAUAAACACCACCAUCACCAUCAUCAUCACCAUCAUCAUCAUCAUAAUAAAAUAGAUGGAGCUAGUAAUUCAGUAUGUAUAUUUUAAAAUUGUUAUUGUUAUACAAUUCUUAUAUAAUUAAUUAAUUGGUGACUUUUAUAGAGCAAGAAAAAAAAGAAGGAUAAGAAAAAACACAAGCAUAAACAUAAACAUAAACAUGAACAUAAGCAUAAGCAAGAUAAAAUAAAAGAAAAAACUAAAGAAGAUAAUACAGUCAUUAAAUUGAAAGAAGAAACAUUAACAUCUGGAAGUUCUAGUAGUGAUGAAACAUCAAGGGACUUGAAUGUAUUUAUAUAAGUUAUCAAAUAUUUAUUUAUUUUCAUUAUUAAUUAUAAUAACUGCCCAAUGGCGUAGAAUAAAAUUGGCAUAUUAAUAAAUAAUAAGUUAUUGAAUAUGUUUACUCCAAAAACAGUAAUUAAAUGAAUAAAUUGUCAAUGAAGUGUAUUCAACCUACUGCUAUUAUUAUAUUAGCUGACUUGUACAUUUUAUUUAAAAAUAAUUUCUAUAGAAAUCAAUUUAUUAUGGAUAAUUUAUGUUCAAAUUUAAUUUAGUACCUAUAUGACUAUUAAAUGACUUAUUUAUAUACAUGAAUUAUUCAAAUAUUACAUAAUACACAUUACACACUUACAAAUUAAUAAUAUUUUUUUUUAACAAAUUAUGGCAAGGUGUCAUUCUAGUAACUUAUUCAUUAUUUUAUAAUAUCCACACAGAUUAUUCUUAUGUUGAAUGAUGGUAGAAUUGUUUCUUUUGGUGCUAUCAAGGCAUAAAAAAUGACAAACAAAUAGUAUCUUGUUUAUUAAUGAUCGAGAUUGAGAUACUUUUUAAGUGGGAACAGAAUUAAAAUUAAAUCUUUUAUGCCAAAAUUAUAAAAUACUAAAAUAAAUAAUAAUGCUUGCUAUACACAAUAUAAUUCUUGAAAACAUAUCAGUAGUCUGUAACUGUUAUGUGACACAAAUGAAUCAUAAAUUAAAAGAAAUAACCCGAACAUUAAAUAAAAGUGAUACAACGUGAAAUAUUGUUUUAUCUUUUAUCAGAAGUGUUCCCAAAGUGGUUCAUGUGUAAUGAAUUUUUUUACAGAUAAGCAAGAAUCCAUGUAUGUAUAUAGUCAUAUAUAUCAAAUUAUAUUUUGAUUAUAAUAUGUAUAGUUAAUACAAGAUCGCCCAUCAUCCAAUCAGUAUUUAUACAAUAUUAAAAAAUGUAACAUGCUAAAAUUGAUUGAUUUUUCAAAUAUUUUUUGAAACUACGAAAAAGUUAGAAAGAAAGUGAUGUGA